UAAAAUCAUAAUAGGUAUUAUUUCAAACAUUAUUCCAUUUUGCGAACUAGUGACUACCGUAUCCGUUUCUCAGCCGGAAAACUGGAAUAAACUCGUUAUUUACUUAUUCAGUAAUUCGUCGAUUAAUAUAUCAAUUGACCUGCGAUGGCAUGAUAUGAUCAUCAAAAGUUUAAUCUUUAAUUUCAAAACUAUAUACUACAUUUGUACUCUAUAACUUAAUUUAUAUAACACGGAAUUUACUACAGUUAUUAUGGCGUUGUAGAUGGUGUUUGGAUUCUUCUGUUUUAACUUGUGAUUUCCCGUUUCUUAAUUCAAAUUCAAAAAUGGACAAACCGCCAAAGGGUAAUUCAGAUAUAGUGCCUCGAAAAUAUCAACUUGAGCUUUUAGAAGAUGCAAAAAAAUCUAACACAAUUUUAUACCUACCUACUGGAAGUGGCAAAACAUAUAUAGCUACAAUGCUUGUUAAAAAUAUGGGAGACUGUUUAACUAAACCAAUGGGUCUUGGAAGAAAAUGGACAUUUUUUAUUGUCCAAUCUGUACCACUUGUUAUGCAACAAGCAAAUAACUUAAGAAAGCAUUUACCAUGGAAUAUUGGAACAUUUAGUGGGGAUAUGAAUGUCGACUUUUGGUCUCAAAACCAUUGGAAUGGAAUAUUAGAAAACUGUCACAUUUUGGUUAUGACUGCUCAGAUUUAUUUGAACAAUCUGAAUCAUGGUUACAUGCAAAUCAAGGAUGCUAAUCUUAUUAUAUUUGAUGAAUGUCAUCACGCUGUAGCAUUGCAUCCAUUUAAACAAAUAAUGCAAGUACUUCAUGAUUCCAAUUUAAAUAAAGAUGAAUGUCCUCAUAUUCUUGGACUCACUGCUACUUUGAUUAACUCAAAUACCAAAAAUGUCAAAGAAGAAUUAACCAAAUUGCAACUUACAUUUAAUGCUACUAUAAAGACUAAAUAUGAUGAAAAUAUUCAAAUUUUUUCAGCACGCCCAGAAGAGUUUAUAAGUUUAUAUGAUGAGUAUACUUUGGAAGAUGAAAUGAACGCUGUCACUAAAAGAAUAUCAACAAUCGAAUAUCUUCUAAGAAAAUUUCAGGCUCCUGCAAAAAUUGAACCAAUUAAAGAAAAUAAUGAAGUAUAUUAUUUGGAUAUUCAAAAAAGUCCUUCAAAGAAUUUUGCAAAUUAUUUUCUUGAUAUAGAGGUAAAUCUUCGAGAUGGAGGAGCAUAUAUUGCAUAUUUAGCAACUUGGCAUUUUUUGGUUGAAAUUGAAAAAAAAAAAAAAACAUGUACUGAUAAGAAAAAUCUCACUAUUAUGUCUUUGGUAUUAUCAGAAUUAACUAUAAUUCGAAAAAUGAUAUUUGACUUUAUGAAUAAACACUCAUCUAUUCACAAAGGUCAUUCAAUUACAUUAAACAAUACAUCUCCAAAACUAAAAAAAUUAAUGGAACUUUUAUCUACUAUAAAAGUCAUUGAUACUUGUUUAAUAUUUGUUGAUCGCCGAACAACUGCUAAAUUGUUAUACCAUUAUAUCAAGGAUUUUAUUCAUGAAUAUAAUCAAAAAAAUAUUAUAUGCGAGUUUAUAGUUGGUGCAAGAGGAAUAUUUAGUCCUGAUUGUAAAGAAAUGGUGUAUAAAAAACAACAAAAUAAUGAUAUUAUUAAGAAGUUUAACGAUAACAUUAUUAAUGUUCUCAUAACAUCAGAAGUAUUAGAGGAAGGUGUUGAUAUACAAACUUGCAAUUAUGUCAUUAGAUAUGAUUCUCCUAAAAAUUUUCCUUCUUAUAUACAAUCUAAAGGAAGAGCUCGUUCUGCUGAAAGUAAAUUUAUUGUUAUGGUGCCAAAUCAGGUGAAAUUUCAAAAAACUCAAUCUGAUUAUAAUAAAAUGGAAGAAGAAAUUGUUAAAAUAUUAGUAGAUAAUGACAUUGACGAUGAAAAUAAUGAUGAAAAUAUGACAGAAGUUUUUAAAACUAAAUGUGCUACAUUAACUCAUGAUGCUGCUAUAAGUAUUAUUAAUAGGUAUUGUUUUUCUUUACCUCAAGAUAGAUUUACAGAUUUAACUCCAGAAUGGUAUAUUGCCCAGAAUAAUAACAAGUUUAAAAAAUACAAACUAAAAUUGCCAAUCAAUAGUGUUAUUAAGACUUCCAUUGACGGAAUAUUUUGUGCAAAUAAAAAAAAUGCUAAAAAAAGUGCAGCAUUUAAUGCAUGCAUUGAAUUGUAUAAGGUUGGAGCAUUAGAUGAAUAUUUGUUGCCUAUAAGCAUUAAAAAUAAUGCUAUAUUUAAUGAUUUAAAAUGGUUUCCACAUUGGGAUGAGACAGAUAUUGAAGCAAGUAAUUAUAAAUUAAAAGCAGGAACUAAUAAAAUGAAGAGGAUGGUGCAUAUUGAAAGUCCAACACACUUACACGGAUCUUAUCCACAAGUAAAUAAACCAUCAUAUUUACACGUUCUACAUUGUGUUCCUGAUUAUAUCCAACUGGAAGAAUGUAAAUAUGAAACAUUUGAUAAAUUAUUAAAGUUAAAUAAAGAAUUUGGAAUUUUAACUUCUAAUAAAUUACCACAAGUAUCAAAUUUUCCUAUAUUUUUACCUUUUGGUAAUGUUAAUGUUAGCAUAAUGGUAAAUGUUAAAAUAAUGAAUCUUGACCAUACAAGUCAUAAGAAACUAGAAAAUUUCCAUAAUAAAUUAUUUGUGGAUGUAUUGGGUAUAAAAGAUUUUAUUGCAAGAAAUUAUAAUAAUGAAGAUAAUUCAUACUUAGUAGUUCCUAUUUCUUUUGCAGAAAAUAUUUAUAAAUUGGAUUGGAAUGUUAUCAAUAUAGACAAAUUUGUUGAAACAGAAGAACCUACAAUGGAACAAAGAAAUUCUAAAUUUUAUGAAGAAUAUCUUGAAAUACCUAAUGUGAUUUCACCGUGGUACAGAAACAUAGUACCAAUACAAAGAUAUAUUGUCACUGAUGUUUAUUCGGAUAUGACACCUGAAAGUUCUUUUCCGACUUCUGAGUAUGAUACAUAUGCAACAUACUUUAGUGACAAGUAUAGCAUUCAUAUUACUCAUAAAAAUCAACCUAUGAUAAAAGUUAAAUCAUUGGGUGUAUCAAAAAUAAAUUAUUUAAUUCCCAGAAUUUCUACUGGAAAAGUUGAUAAACGAAGUGAAUACAUAGAAAUACUUAUACCAGAAUUUUGUACUUGGCAUAAAUUUCCAUCAGUUUAUUGGUUAAAAGCUUUAAUGCUGCCAACUAUAUUAUAUCGAUUAGAUAAAUUAUUAUUGGCCGAAGAUCUUCUUGUAAAAAUUAAUUCUAUAUGUAACAUUGAAGUAGAAGACGAUACAAACACAGAAGAUACAGUAAAGAUUGAAGAUUUCAAUGGUUUUCAUGAAGGCAAAAAGAAAAAUAUUUUAUUGCCAAUUAGUGAAACAUUAAAAUACAUAGAAAACUCUCAUGGCAAUAAUAUGAUUGGUGAGUGGAAUUCAAACAAUUUUCCUAUUGAUAUUGAAAGGCAAAAAAACACAACAAUGUUAGAUGUUCUAAAUUAUCAUACAUUUAUGUACGCUGUAAAUAAAUCCAAGAGUAACGAUAAUAUUAAUGAUCAAAAUAUAAAUUCAUCCAGUUUAAAUGAGUUUAAUUCAAAAUCGAAGUACAAAUCACCAGAUGGAAAAUCAAAUUAUAAAACGGAAUGCAAAAAACGUAGAUAUUCAUCAUAUGAUAAGGAACACCUUGAAGAAAUCAAUAGAUUAAUGAUACAAUCAAUGCCAGAGCCAAUUAUUCUUCAAAAAUUAAUUGAAUUCAACAUCUAUUACUUCAUAGAAAUUGAGAAUAUACUAAAAAAGGUGUUGACUGAGAUGAACACAUUAAAUUUAACAAACAAUACAUCACCUACACUGAGUCCAUUAUCCAAAGAAGUUUCAAAACAAAAAAUCGGGCCUAAGCAGAGUGAUAUUUUAAAAGUUAUAACACCACCAUUUGCUAAUGAUAUGUUUAAUUAUGAGCGCAUGGAAACAUACGGUGAUAGUUUCCUGAAAUUUGCUGUAUCAUUGGUAUUAUUUGAUGCAUUUCCAUUAGAUAAUGAAGGAAUUCUUACUGAAUUAAAAAUGAAAAUAGUUGGAAAUCGAAAUUUGUUGUAUGCUGGCAGGAAUUUAAAUCUUGGAUCUUAUUUAAUGGUAAAUGUUUUUGAUCCAAACAUGGAUUGGAUACCUCCAUGCUUUGGUGUUUCUCAAAAAUUAAAAGAAAUCAUUGAGGAGGGUCAUGUUAAAUCGGAGGUACUACAUCGGAUAAUUAUUCCUAGAGACAUUCAAAUUACUGGAAUAUUAUCAGAUGAAAUUUGGAAGGAAAUUGAGAUUGAAAUCAUAAAAUUUAAGCAAGUGUCUGAUAUGCCAAUGUCAGAAAGUGAUGAUGAAGAUAGUACGCCACUAAUCGGCCAUUCACAGUCUGAUCUAUUUAUAUACAAACAAUCAGUCUCAGAUAAAAUGGUUGCUGACUGUGUAGAGUCAUUGAUUGGUACUUAUGUUUAUAAAUGUGGAGUUGAAGUGGGUUUUAAGGUCCUUCAAGGUCUGGGUAUAAUACCAAAACAAUUCACUGAUGCAUUUAAGCCUCAACCAAUUGAAAAUAUCUUCGAAAGUCACAAUUUUUCAAAAAUUUUGCCCGGAUAUGAACUACUUGAACGAAGAAUUGGCUACUCAUUUAAACAUAAGCAUCUAUUAGCUCAGGCUCUAACCCAUCCAACUUAUCAAUUUGGGUUUACUGAAUGUUAUCAAAGACUUGAAUUUCUCGGUGAUGCUAUACUUGAUUUCUUGAUUACAACAUAUAUAAUAGAACACUGCUAUCACAAAACUCCAGGUGAAAUAACUGAUAUUAGAUCUUCAUUAGUAAAUAACAUAACAUUUGCUUCAUUGAGCGCAAGAAUUGGACUGCAUAGAUUUAUCUUAGCUAAGUCUGUUCAAAUGACUGAAGCAAUAGAUCGUUUUUAUGAGCAUCAACAAAAAAACAAUCAUAAAAUUGGCCAAGAAAUUUUGUAUCUCAUAGAAGAAAGUGAUUGUUAUGCAGCUGAAUCUGUUGAUGUACCAAAAGUAUUGGGAGAUUUGUUUGAGUCACUAAUUGCUGCAAUUUAUUUAGACUGUGGUAGAGAUUUAAAUUUUGUGUGGACUAUUUGCUAUAGAUUUUUGGAAAAUGAAAUUAAAGAAUUCUGUACCAAUGUUCCUAAAAAUCCUAUACGUAUUUUACAUGAAACCAAAUUACAACCGAAUUUCAGUAAACCUGAUGCUUCUGCUGAAGCAAUGAAUAAAGGCUUAGGAACCAUGAUGAAGUUAGAGAUCAUGUUGAACAACAAAAUCAUAGCUAUGUAUGGUUUUGGUCAGAAUAAAAAAGAAGCCAAGGUUGCUGCUGCCAAAAUGGCCUUAAAAAAUAUGAAAAAAAUGUUGUUAUAACUAUUCAGAUUAUUAUUUUUUUUUCUUCUUCAAGCAUUCAUAUAUUUGAGUAAUGAUAAUAUUUUAAUUUUUAAGAUCCUAUUAUAAAUGAAUAUUAAUUUGUCAAUGUUGUUUAAAUAUUUUAUAUACAUAUUAUUUAUAAUUAAUUAUAUUAAACUUAUAACUUGUCAAUUAAAAAAGAAUUUGAUUUAUAAUUCAUAUUAUGAAUAAAAAUACAGUGAUUUUUGUUAUUACUGUUUUAUGUCUACCUUUGUUUAUAAUUCAUUACAUACAUAUUAUAUUACAGUGAUUUACUAUGUAUACAACACCAGCCUUAAUUAUGUGGACUGACUACAUUGAAAUAUUUUAAUGAAAAAAAAAAAUUAAAUACAUAUGCUAAUAAUUAUUAUUAAUAUUUUUUAUAAUUUUUGGAAUGACAUUGUUAAAAACAAAUUAACUUUUUACAUUUUUGUAAUAUAGACUGAACUAAAGUAAUGUUUUAAAUUUAAGUAUAUGAUUGUUAAAAUAAAGUAAUAGAAAUUGUAUAAAAUACAGAAAAUGUAUUAAGA